AUGUCGUACUACGGCGGUAUCCCGCGCGCGAAUAGCAUGUCUCCCGAAUAUGAGAUUCGUCGUGCUACCGACAGCGAGAUGGUGCGCGCCAUUCGGCACACCCAGCGACAGCCCGACAAGAUAAGGAAAGCUAGAAACAGCUUGAAUCGCAGUCCCUCUGACCACGAUCACUCCCGCUAUCUAGGUUUUGGCUCAACCCCUAGCGCUUUUGGCGCCAGCACCACGCCUGCCUUUGGUGGCUCAACAAACACAUCUACUGGAUUCGGAGCUUCUUCCGGCACCGGCGGAGGAUUCGGAGCUAAUACCCAAACCCAACCUAAUUCUCUCUUCGGCGGUCAAAACCGCACCACUACCGGAUUUGGUGCUUCCAAUAACACCACCGGUGGAUCUAUUUUUGGAGGCGCUCAAAGCACUCCUGCCACCACUGGCUUCGGUGGUACCGGCACAGGAUUCGGAUCAUCCGCCACCGGCACCGGCUUCGGCGCAAAUGCAAACACAAACACUGGCGGAGGACUCUUCGGUGCUGCCAAACCUGCGACUGGAUUCGGUGCUUCAACUACGGCCUCUGGAUUUGGUGGAGCUACUGGUGGUUUCGGAUCGACUGCGACCAACACUGCUGCCCCAGCUACAGGCUUCGGCGGCUCCGGCUCUGCUUUCCAGGGCGGCACUGGUGCCUGUGAAGGCACAGCCAGCACCCCAUUCAACGCCUUCACCGAGAAGGAUACCACCUCGAGCGCUACAAACCAUUACCAAAGUAUCGUUUUUCAGCAACCAUACAACAAAUUUUCUUUCGAGGAACUACGCCUAGCAGAUUAUCAACAGGGACGCCGAUUUGGCAACGGAAGUGGACAAGCUGGUGCCUUCGGCAACUCUGCAUUUGGUGGCAGUGGAUUCGGUGCUCAGCCUCAAACCAACACAACCGGCGGAUUCGGUGCAAGCACCACUCCAUUCGGCGGCGCUGCUACAAGCGCACCAUCUGCCUUUGGAUCAACCCCAACUACAGGCACAGGAUUCGGUGCCGCUAACUCCAACCCCUUGUUCGGAGGAGCUAAACCAGCAAACUCCUUGUUCGGCGGUGCCUCCAACACGACCACUCCUGCCACUUCGGGAGGCGGCAUGUUCGGCAACUCCACUCAAACCACUGGCGGGUUCGGCGCCAAUGCUGGCACUGGUUCCGGAACUGGAGGGUUCGGAAACACUGGUAGCUCUCUCUUCGGUAACAACAAUCAGCAGGCCAAGCCUGCCUUCGGUGCCACGAACACUGGAACCGGUGGUUUCGGUGGCUUCGGGGCCGGAAGCACCCAAACUACCACUGCUGCAAACCCAUUCGGAGCUUCCACUGCUACUGCAUCCCCCUUCGGCGGCGCAAACACUCAGCAGCAAGGAACAAGUGCCUUCGGAGGCUUCGGUGGCGCAAACCAACAGACCCAGAAUCAGACUCAAAACAAGGGAUUGUUCGGGGGUGGUGGUGGCUUCGGCACAAGUACUCAGCAGCCGUCGACUGGCACUGGCCUCCUAGGCGGUGCUACCGGCAGCACAGGUGGCGGCGGGCUGUUUGGUAACACCCAGCAGCAACAGCCUCAACAACAGGGUGGUGGUCUCUUUGGUGGACAGCAGCAACAACAGCAAACCGGCACUAGCGGCGGGCUGUUUGGCGGACAGAACCAGCAGCAGCAGAAGCCCGGUGGCCUCUUCGGGUCCUCUGCUACCAACACCACUGGAGGCGGAUUCGGAGGCUUUGGUAACACUCAGCCUCAGCAAAGCACUGGCACCGGAGGUGGCUUGUUCGGCAACACUCAGAACCAGCAGCAACAGCAAAAGCCCGGUGGUCUCUUUGGAAACAGCGGCGCUGGAGGAAGCAUGUUCGGUGGUGGUCAGAGCACUACUGGUACCGGCGGCUCAAUGUUCGGCGGCGGUCAGCCUCAACAACAACAGACUGGUGGCCUCGGCGGCAGUCUCCUCGGAAACUCGCAGUCCGGGCAGCAAUCUCAACCGGCCCCUGGAAGUUUCCAGGCUUCUCUUCUCGACGGAAACCCUUACGGAAGUCAGUCGAUCUUCUCCGGUCUCCCUGCACCAAAUGGCGCGUCUCCUGGUCCCCUCGCUACCCCAUUGUCCUCUAGCAUGAGACAGAAGCAGCGAGCUCCGCUGCCCAUGUACAAGGCCACCUCGACUUCCAACAGUCGUAUUAUCACGCCCCCCAAGCGUGGAUACGGUUUCUCUUACUCCACCUAUGGUUCACCUUCUAGCGUCACCGGUACUCCAUCUGGCUUGGGCAACAGCCUCUUGGGUGGCGGAAGCAACAGUCUCCGUGGCAGUCUCAAUGGUGGUAGCAUGGGUCGCACCUUCAGCAAGAGCUACUCCACCAGCAACCUUCGCAAUACCUUUGACCCAGAGUCAAGCAGUGUCCUUUCUCCCGGUGCUUUGCAGCCGGGUAGCACCCGUAGUGGAAGCGGCUUGAAGCGUCUUACCAUCAAUCGUGGUCUGAGAUCCGAUCUCUUCGAGAAGCCUGCGAGCCCUGCACCCAUCACCAACGGAGAUGACUCUGACAAGUUGAAGAAGAAGGUCAGCUUUGAUUCCACCUCUCCUGGUCCCACUGGUUCCGAGAUCGUCCCCGUCGAGCCCAAAAGUCCCGAGCCCACUGCCGAGGAGCUCGGUUUCCUUCGCUCUGUCCGUAAGAGUGGAAGCCUGAACGGUGUUGAGGUCACUGCCUCUGGUCGUCCUGAAAUGAAGUCUGUCAGCCGCGAUCUCGCCAUUGUCCCCGAGAACGGUCCAGCUACUACUAACGGCGCUACUGUCAAGCGUCUGACCUUCAUUCCUGGUGGUGACCCCAAGCCCGGUGAGUACUGGAUGGAGCCUUCUCGCGCUUCACUUAGCAAGAUGAGCCGCGAGCAGCUGAAGCACGUCGUCGACUUCACUGUCGGACGUCAGAACUGCGGAUCCGUCACUUUCAAUGGCGAGGUUGAUCUGAGUACCAUUGACGUGGAUCACUUGUUUGAUAACAUUGUCAACAUCGGCCUUCGCAAGAUCACCGUCUACCCCGAUGAGUCCAUCAAGCCCCCCAUGGGCAAGGGACUGAACGUGCCUUCUACUCUGCGCAUCGAGAACUCCUGGCCCCGUGGCAGAGACAGGAAGAGCAACUCUCCUGUCACUAGCGGCCCUCUCUUCGACAAGCACAUUGAUCGUCUCCAGAAAGUCGGCGAUACUGAGUUUGUCAAUUACGAGACUGAGACCGGUACCUGGGUUUUCAAGGUUCCUCACUUCACUACCUACGGACUUGACUAUGAUGAGGACGAGGAAGGUGAGAGUCUUGACCAAAGCACUAUGAGUGCCGCCGGACCUGACCAUCCUACCCCCAAGGCUCACUACGAUCACCCCGCGAGCUUCGAGCAGUCCACCACUUUCUCCAUCGAUGAAUCCUUCGUUGGCUCCAUGGUCGGUGUCGACGACGAUACUUUUGACUUUAAGAAGCGCAAGGUUGUUCCCGGCUCUUUUGGUAGCCAGGCCAUGGCUGCGGAGGAUGAUGACAUGCUUUCCGAGGGCGAGACGGAGUCUUUUUUAGAGGAAGGCUCCACGGGUUCGACUACUGAGCAAGACGACGACGUCGUCACCGAAAGCCAGCAAUCUGGCGAUUCGGUAGUUGGAUCAGAUGAGGCAGAUGAAAUGGAUAUGGCUGGUGCCUUUCCCACUCCUCAUCGUACCGUGGAGCGGGACCACUACCAGGGUACUAACGGUGCCUUGGAUACCACUCACCCUAUGAGACACUUCGGCAGCCCUGCUAAGCCUCAGCUUGAUCUCAGUGGCGACUGGGCUGAGCAAUUGCAGCGCACCAUUAGUCCUCGCAAGCAGAACCGCGACGCGUUGCGUGAAAUGCAGGCGAAUGCCUUUAUGGAUCGUGACCUCGCUGAAGACGAAUCUCUCUCGAACACUGCGACAGCUUCUCCCAAGAAGGGCUUCUCUAAUAGCAUUGACCUGAUGAACUCUCUGUUUCAACAGCCGGGCAGGAGAGCUGCUCCUUCUCCGCUGAAGCCUGCCAAGGCACAGUCCAAAGGCAUUGAGUGGCCAUACAACAAACAACCCAAAACCUUCGCCGGUGAUGCAACUGAAAUGUCCGACAUCGAUAUUGCCUUCCAUGACUCUUUCAAACCGCGCUGGGGCCCCCAAGACACUCUUGUCUGCGGAAAGACCGAUAUGCAGGAAACUAUCUCAGAAGUGUCUCAGACCUGGAAGGAGAACUUUACUGUUUUCAGCGAAGGAGGAGACGUUGCAGUCAUGACUUACAACAAAACUAGCGAGGCAAAGGAGAUGCUUGACGUCCAGCGACAACAAUCUACAAUCCAACGUGUCGAUGGCACCCCUCUCGUUCGUAUGGCUAGUCCCGAGCUUUGGCAGUUCCCCUUGUCUCCUUCCAGCCGUUCCCAAUCUGAGGAUGAGGCCCUGGUGUGGCAACUCCUCAACAUUCUGUUCAACGAUGAUAUCGAAGAUGACAUUUCAGCUGGUGUCCCACCAAAACUCCAGCAGAAGUUUGCCCACCGUAUCAAGAAGGAUCGUCUCACUCGUUUCUUGGAGGGCGUCAUCCGCGAGAAGAACCCCAACCUCGAUAUGAUCCGAUCACCUGUUGAGCGCGCUGUCCAUUUGAUGUGCGCCCACCGAGUUCAAGAAGCGUGCACCACUUUGGUGGAGAGUCAAAACCCACAUCUGGCUACUGUGGUGGCACAGAUUGGCCGCGAUGCUACCUCCCAAGCCGACAUCGCGAACCAGAUUGAGAUGUGGCGCCAGAAUAAUGUGCUUUCGGAAAUGAGUGAACCUGUGCGAGCUCUCUACGAACUGGUUGCUGGAAAUGCUCUCCGCAGUGAGGGCAAGACCGGCGGUGCCCUUGAGGACCGUGCUUCCAGCUUCGGCUUCACCGAGCGCUUCGAUCUAAACUGGUUCCAGGCCUUUGGUCUUCGCUUGUGGUACUGCACUACGGAGGAUCAGCCUAUUGAAGCUGCUGUUGCCAAAUACCUUGAGGACCUGGCUACCGGACAGGAACAGGCCUUCCCUCAUCCUUCGCAUGAAGCUAGUCCUCGUGCUGUCCCCCAGCCUGGCUCUGAUACUCUUGGUCAUGAAUCUCCACUUUGGGUUCUGCUCAAGGCCUACUCUGCCACCCAGGGACUGAAGACCCAGUCUAUCGAAUUCCCUGCUGCUCUCCUCCCUGAAACUGUCUCCGGUGACCGUCUCUCGAAUCGUCUCUCAUUCCAGCUUCACCACGUUCUUGCUGCGACUGUCGGACAAAGCUCUGCGAUCACGGUCAACCAGCACCAGGCCGACCAUCUCGUCUGGGACUUUUCCUCAGAACUCAGUGCAAGCGGAGAUCUCAAGCAAGCCCUGUUCGUCCUUCUGCACCUUUCCCAGGCCAAUGACCGCAAGCGCGCCGUGCAAGAGACCCUCGCCCGCUCCGCCGCCCAACUCCCGGAGCCCCUCACCGCCGACGGCUCUGUUGACCCGGCAUGGCACUACCUCGUCUCAGACCUCCAACUCCCCGAGGCCUGGAUCUGGGUCGCCAAGGCCCUCUACGCCCGCGACAUUGGCGACGCUGCUCGCGAAGUCGACUGUCUCAUUCACGGCAAACAUUGGAACGACGCCCACGCCACCUUCUGUCGCAUCGUCGCCCCCUCCGCCAUCAUCGAGGGUGACUACAGCACUCUGGAGACUCUGGUCUCAGGCUUCGGUGAUGGACCUGAACGCAAGAUGCGCGGCUGGGCUUCCGGCGGCGGCGUUUACGAAGAUUUCCUGCGUUUGGUGACUGCCCCCAGCGGUCGACGCGACGCAACCCGUCUGAAUCGCCUUGUUAAUGCCCUCGUUACAAUGAGCGAUCGCAUUGAAGGAUCCGGAAUGGAGGGAUUGGAAGAGCGCGUCGCGUUCAAGGAGAUGAGCCGCGCAGUCACAGGCUGGAUUACACACGAGGAUGUCCAAUUCGUUGAAUCAUCCAUGCUCCUUGGCCUCCCCCUUACAGGCGAUGCACGCAUCGCCCAAACAGCAGAAAUGAGCCGCCGCUACUACGGCGUGAUUAUGGCAGGUGGCCAUUGA